GGAGCUGAAACGACGACUCCGAGUGGACAAGAGAGAGAGAGAAAGACAAAGUAUGAACUUAGCAGGGUCAGAUGGCAGUCUCAUUUACAGAGUGAUGUAGGCAGAGUGCAGACUCCUCCCAUCAGUCGUACACCCCUGGGUGCAGCCCCACCUCUCUGUCAUUCAAACUCUGUGCAGCAUCCAGACAGGCCGAGCAGAGCGGGGCCAUCCUGAGGAGGGACAGUCAGAUACACAGAGAGGAGAGAGAGCUGCCUCAGGGGUCGUGUGUGAGGCUUACCGGCUGAUGACAAGAAGUCAACAGAAGACGACAUGAGUUUUGGGGCGGCCUGCAUUUUCCUACGAGGAGGCAAGAACAUCACAAGAGAACUGGCUGAUGAUGAGAUUGAUGAGCUGCGUGAUGCCUUCAAUGAGUUUGACAAAGACAAGGACGGGCUGAUCAGCUGUAAGGAUCUGGGGAAUCUGAUGCGGACGAUGGGAUACAUGCCCACAGAGAUGGAGCUGAUCGAACUGAGUCAAAAUAUCAACAUGAACCUUGGUGGUAAAGUCGACUUCGAUGACUUUGUGGAGCUAAUGGCCCCGAAACUUCUGGCAGAGACAGCCGGGAUGAUCGGUGUAAAGGAGCUGAAAGACGCUUUUAAAGAGUUUGACAUGGACGGAGAUGGAGAAAUCACCACAGCAGAGCUAAAGUCAGCCAUGAUUAAGCUGAUGGGAGAGCACAUGAGCCGGAGGGAGAUAGACGCUAUAGUUAAAGAGGCAGAUGAUAAUGGAGAUGGCACAGUAGACUUUGAAGAGUUUGUCAGAAUGAUGUCCCAUCAACAGUGAAGAAAUCAACGUUGCACCUCUACAGACAUGUAUCGGUCCUGAAGUUGUCUUUUGAAAAAGCUAUUUGAAGGAUUCAUUUGUAAAUAUUAAGAACAAACGUGGUUUUAAAAAUUCAAAGAAGUCAAGCCAUGCAAAGUUACUCUCUGAGAUAAUUGUAAAACUAUGCAAAAAUUGACCGUCAUGUGCUAAGAUUUUUUUUUUUUAUGUAAAAUAAUCCAAGAGAAUGUGUGAAUAUAUGUUUAUUGUGUAUACAGGAAAGUUUGGGAUUAUUUUUGCUUAACUGGAUUGAAUUUUGCUCCCGAAUAUAUUUAAUCUGACAGUGUUUCAUUGUUUUUAUCUCUGAAACAAUGUUGUACUGCAGAAAAAAGAUAUAAAUGUAUAAAUUAAUUCCAAAAUAAUUAUGCUAUUACUCUGUAUAGUUGAACUAUACAACCUCUGGACUUGUUGAACUGUGUAACUUGUUGGACAACAUAAUCAAACAAUGGAUUAAAUUCAAUUAAAUAGAUUCUGGUAACAGGU